AUGCUGGCGACGUCGAAUUUCGGAUCUACUCCUUCUCAACCGCACAAGUUCUUGCCCAGCGUGCCGUCGCCACUCUCUCCUCGACGCGCAAAUGUUAAGAAUUCCACUUCUUUCUGGUCCUUCGACACAUCAAUGGCGACCUCAACAUCUCAACAAGCAUCAAAUCAGCCGUCACACGUUCCUUUCUCGUCUCGACCAGUAAAAGCUGCUCCUAUACCCCGCUCCGAUGCAUUGCGCGAGCGCCGCAGGGACAUGUUCUUGCGCAAGGUCCGCCAGGCCCGCGAUGAGAACAAGUGGGACUCGAGGAUAGACGACAUGGCCAGACUCGACUACCUGAAAGAGAAGCGACGAUGGGAAGCCGAACAAGGACGAUCCGCACCAUCACUACACCCAGAGUUCGCAGAAGCAGAAGAGGUCUCGGACUACGACCUACCCACAUACAGCAGCCAAGUGGCAUGGGAUCCUCAAUCUCAGCCCGACUAUCCUCUAGACCCAGAAGUCGACGCUGUCCUGCAACAAGAGAAUGAAGAGCUGGAAGCCUUGAUCGCUCUGAUGCAAGAGGAAGACCACCGCCGUAACAAGCAGUCAGACAGUCAAGAAGCACAUGACGAUCGUUCUUCAGCCUUUGGCAGCGACGAUGAUGAGUACGACAACAUCUUCAUGAACAUGAUAGAUGAGACUGGUGGUGCGGCCUCUGCAUCAGAGCAACAACAUCAGCAUACAGCAGACGAGAUGGAUCUGAGCUAG